CAUCAUCCUCUGUUGAUCCCGGGUGACAUGAGUUCUUGUGGCGAGAUGGGGGAGGCCAUCGAGCUCAGUACCAGGGAGCACGUGACCCCGGAGAUGAACAAGCUUCGUCAGAGCCUGAGGAGGAAGAAGCCCACCUACGUGCCCGAGGCCAGCAGACCGCAUCAGUGGCAGGCGGACGAGGAGGCUGUACGGAAGGGCAAAUGUAACUUCCCCGUUAGGUACCUGGGGUUGGUCGAGGUGGAGGAGUCGAGAGGGAUGCACGUAUGCGAGGAGGCGGUAAAGAAGCUAAAAGUUAGCGGGAAAAAGACAGUGAAGGCCGUGUUGUGGGUUUCGGCAGAUGGACUCAGGGUGGUGGAUGACAAAACUAAGGACCUCAUAGUGGACCAGACCAUAGAGAAGGUUUCGUUCUGCGCCCCCGAUCGUAACUAUGACAAGGCCUUCUCUUACAUCUGCAGAGACGGCACCACCAGACGGUGGAUGUGCCACUGCUUCAUGGCUCUCAAAGACUCGGGGGAGAGGCUGAGCCAUGCAGUCGGCUGUGCCUUUGCCGCCUGUCUGGAGAGGAAGCAGCGGCGGGAGAAGGAGUGCGGCGUGACGGCUUCCUUUGACGCCAGUCGCACCUCGUUCGUGCGCGAGGGUUCCUUCCGCUCCAACCCUACCUGCCAGCAGAGCUGCAGCGGAGAGAGGGAUGAAAAGCUGCAGGACAAGAAGAAAGAACAACCUUCUGUCAUCCCAGCCCUCCCACCUGGCACCGCCUCCCCGCCCGAGGGAGCGGCAUCCCCCAUGGAGCGUCCAGAGCCAGGCGGGCCUCACGCCAUCCCUCGCCGCCACGCGCCCAUCGAACAGCUGGUGCGUCAGGGCUCGUUUAGGGGUUUCCCGGCCCUCAGCCAGAAGAACUCUCCCUUCAAGAGGCAGCUGUCGCUCCGCCUCAACGACCUGCCGUCCACACUGCAACGCAAGACCGACUACCAGGACAAGAACCCUGUUCCAGAUAUGGAUCUGGGGAUGCCGGAUGAGGGAGACUGUAGUAUCAACGCCCUGUGCAGCCAGAUCAACAACUCCUUCACCAAUCCGUCGGAGGAGCUCUUCUCCAACCCUUCUUUGCCUGCAAAUGGCCCUCCAACCUGCACUGUGCCCCCUGCCCUGCCUCCCCCACCUGGACCAAUGCAGGGCACUUCUUCCUGGGUGCAGCCGGAGCCUCCACUUCACUCUCCUCCUCCCGUUUCCGUGGCGAUGCAGAUGCAAAUGCAGAUACAGAUGCAGAGUGGACACAGGCGCACACCCUCCGAGGCUGAGAGAUGGCUGGAGGAGGUCUCCAAGGCUGUCAAGGCUCAACAGACCCCCCCGGGUCCCGCCAUCCCCACCAUCCCCGGACCGCCCUCCAUGUCCAGUCAGGCGGUCAUAUCAGCUGCCCCGGUGUCCACUGUCCCUUUGCCCCUCGGCACCAUGUCCAAACCUCUCCUCUCGGGCCCCUCUGUUCUCUUAAGUCAGGCGCCGAUGCCCCUCCCGCCCAUGUCAUUAUCAUCAGUUCCUCUAAUACCCGGCCCCCCAGUGUCAGGCCCCCCUAUGUCUCUACCUUCCAUGUCCAUUCCCACGAUGUCCGGUCCGAGCAUGUCUGGGGUCUCCAUGCUGCAGCCCUCCCUCCCCGGGCCGCCAGGCUCCCUUCCAAACUCCAUGCAACCCUUCCCGUUGGCUUUUGACACCACCCCGGCUCCUGUGGGAAUGUUCGCCAGCCAACCUGUCCAACCGGCGUUCUUGCAUAUGCAGACCUACAUGCCGGGCCUGGCCAGCAGUAUGACAUAUCCCAACGCCAGCGUUGUGCCUGUGGUAGGCAUCACACCAUCGCAAAUGGUGGCCAACGUCUUCUGCACCGCCACAGGCUCAUCUGGUGCAGGUGGAGCCAUGAGCUCAGGCAUAGGAGGACCAAAAGUCGGGGCACUCGGACCAGUCGGGCAGCACCAUUCUUACCCGGGAGUACCCAGUGGAGUCGGGCACCCUGGAGGGUUUUCCACACCGCCAUUCUCUCCCACUCCGCCGUUAUCGACAGCCAUUAAUGGCCUCCCAUCGCACAGCAGCGCCACGAUGGCCCUCCAGAACGGGACCAGCAACAGUGGAGGGAACAGCAGUAGCAGCUGGCCGCCAGAGGGCAGCCAGCUAACAGCUCCGGUACCUUGUGUUCCCCAAGACGAUGAUCGCUUUGAGGCCAAGUGGGCGGCGCUGGAGGCCAAACCAGCGCCUCAGCAGCCUGGGAAUAAAACACCAGCUGCUGCAGCUAACCCGUUUUCCAACAAUCUUCAAAAGACUUUUGAGAUUGAGCUUUAA